AUGGGGUUGCUCGGCAAGAUUAGGGACUUCGUGCCGGCGCGCUACGUGCUGUGUCUGAUGCUGUUCUUCGGCUUCAUGGUGACGUUCCUGCUGCGCGUCAACCUCAACAUGAGCGUGGUGGCGAUGGUGGCGCGGCCGGCGGCGGCAGCGGAAGCUUCUACGGGCGACGCGCGCGCUCCCACGACCGGCGGCUAUUGCCCGCGCCACGCGCCGCCCGCGCCGCCCGCCACGACCACCACCCAACGCGCGCUGCCGCCCAACGCCUCGGACGCCGAGGUGCUGUCGGUAGCAAGUGCCGCCGCGGGAGAGUUUGAUUGGGACGAGAUGCAACAAGGUGUUAUCCUUGGCUCUUUCUUCUGGGGUUACUUGGUCUUCCAAGUGCCAGGAGGUCGAGUGGCAGAAUUGUACGGUGCAAAACGCAUCUUCGGAGGCGCCAUUUUACUCAACGGCUUCAUGUCGCUGGUGCUGCCAUCUGCCGCGCGGCUGCACUGGACGUUGCUACUCGUCAUUCGCGCAAUGCAAGGACUCGCGCAGGGUGUCUUGUUCCCCUCGCUGAAUGCAGCAGUCUCUCAUUGGGUGCCUGUAGCAGAGAGAGCGAAGUUCUUGUCAUUUACAGUCUGUGGAGCAUCACUGGGGACAGUUAUCUCAAUGCCCUUAUGUGGGGCUAUUUUGUCUUCUUGGGGUUGGGAAGCUGUUUUCUAUGUCAGUGGAAUAUUGGCGCUGAUAUGGUCAGGGGCCUGGUGGUUACUGGUCUAUGAGACACCAGAUCAGCAUCCCCGCAUAUCACCCAAAGAGAAGCAGUAUUUGGCAAGUUGUAUAUCUACACACAGGGAUAAGACUUAUCCAGUACCGUGGAAAGCUGUGUUUACGUCAUGGCAGUUUUGGUUAGGAUGUAUAGCUGCUUGGGGUAGUGAUUGGGGCUUUCAUACAUUUCUUACUUUGGGACCCAAGUACAUUAAAGAAGCAUUGGACUUUGAUUUAGAACAGAGUAGUUGGCUGGCAUCUCUUCCAUUUCUCUGUCAAUAUGCUUUCGCAAUAAUUUAUGGUAUCAUUGCCGAUGAAUUAUUGAAGAAGGGGUAUAGAGUUCUGGUUGUCCGUAGAGUCUCCACAAUCAUAUCUCAUGGAGGUCCAGCCCUCUUGGUUGUAAUCCUUGCAUUUGUAGGUUGCAAUGUUACUGCAUCCAUUGCAAUUCUGACCACUGCAGUUAGCCUUAUAGGGGCGUUCUCGGCUGGAUUUUUCCAGAACCCUCUAGAUGUAGCUCCAAAUUUUGCUGGUUCAUUGACUGGUAUCAUGAAUGGCAUAGGUUCUAUGACUGGUGUAAUAUCACCGCCACUAGCAGGUGUAAUUCUUCACAAUAUGGGACUAUCAGGUUGGCCUGUUAUAUUUUGCAUUGCUGCUGCAAUGUAUCUUCUGAGUUGUUUGCCGUAUGUGCUUUUUGUCACUGCAAAAGUACAACCAUGGAACAAUGUGCAAAGUAUCUCAAAUGAAAAACAUGCUGAACUACCCAUGAUAUCACACUGUCCUCAAAAUGAAAAUGGUGAGGAAGACUCUCCAGAAAAUGAAAAAAUUAACCCAAAUGUGGUAUGAUACCUCAGUUCAUCACUGGACGAUGAAACAAGUGAUGAGAAACCAUGAAACAGAAGUGUUGACUGUAUCACUGAGAUUUAGUGGUCACAAGAAAGGAACAUGUUUUCAGCAAAUAAACAAAGAAAGAGGAGAAUUAUUGAAUUGAAACACUUGUUCUGAGAUAAAAUGAUCAUGUAAAAGCAAGAAAUAGUUUUCCCAAACUAUUUCUUUGGAUGACUGUAUCACGAAAGACUUGCCACCUGAAGUUGUGCUGGUUGAAAACAUUCAAAUGCAUAAAUUAAUAUUUUCAGGCAAGGAACUCUUGUAAUAUACAAUCGUGUCCACUGCCACAAACAGGAUCAUGAACAAAAUACAAGAAUCUUUUUGUCGCACAAGAAAGAUUGAGCACUUGUUUCUUGUGCCACAAACGGAACAAAAGCAUUUUUGACAUUCCAAAUAUGAAGAAUUUGGAAUAUAAAUUCUUUCAAUGAUGUAAAAUGUGUCCUCAGUAUAUAUAAAACAUUCCACAUAGUGUCUGAAAUUUUUCCACAUGAGUAAAACUUAAUGUAUAUUAGUGCUAGAAAAGGAUACAAAAACUGUUAUCAGACUUGCUAAAUAUGUUGUUUGUAUUUUCAAACUUACAAGUAUACAGAAUGAAAAAUGUUAAAUAAAUUACAAAAUUUAAGUAUUCUUGGAAUACAAUAAAGAUCAUUUUAGAAAUAUCCAAAUCAGUUUUUUGGUAAAUGUAUUUAUCCUUUGAUAAAGCAUUUGUUUUUUUUUUUAAAAUAGCUACUUCAAGAAUUUUCAAUACAAAGAAGGUAAAUAAGUUGUUCAAAUCCUGACAGAAAAGAAUAAAAUUAUUCACUUUCUACUAACAUCUAAUAUAAAAUUUUAAAAUGAACAGAUAUAAAUUGGAAAUGCACCUAUCUAUCCUAAGGCCUAUUUAAAUCUCUACAAUUUACUACACUUGAAACUAAAAAUUAAACAGUUAGAAAAUUGGUCUUGAAAUUACAAUCAGUGAGUCAAGUAAUAAGUGGUAAAAGAAGUCGUGCAUGUUCAUAAUAUACUUGAGAAAAAAAAUUUGCUUUUUUAUUCACACUAUUUAUUUUCUUUUUCUUAUUGGUUACAUAAGAAAAGUGCAAUUGUUGCAACAGAGUAUAGCACUCAAUCUAUUUGAUUAAUGUUUAUGCAAAAGUAAAGUUCUGCUCUCUUUCAACAGAACCAUUUUGACAAAUACUACAUUACCUCAUUUGGGAACUGAAUAUUUUACAAAUAAGUAGUAGUUUACAACUGUCAUGAUAUUUCUUUCAUGAAACAAUACAACUUAAAAAUAUAACAUUUAGAACAUAAAUAGGUGAAGAUAUUAAUGGUUUCUUCAAUAAAAAGUAAGAAAUUUGACUGCAAAGAUAAAAAAUUAUUACACAUUUAAGUACAUGGAAUAUAUACGAAAUGAACAACAUUCAUGAUUUAUUAAGAGUAAUAUCUACAUAAUAAGGAACACUGAAUGUUGAGAAAGUAAGCACUUUAACCAAUAUUAUUUUUCCCACACUUUGGACAGACAUUUCCUCCAUGAACCAUUUUAUGUAUAUAACAUGAAGAACUGGUUUAUUUAUAAAGUUUAGUUUAUAAUUUUAAAAAUUGGGUGUUGAUACAUGCUUCAAGAAAUGAAAUUAUCCUGAUAAAAAUACAAAUAUCUAUUUAAAUUACACUGUCAAUCGCACUACAACAAACUACCUGUGUCACAACAGCACAAUACUUAACAGAGCCAAAGUACCUUAUUUGAGAGCUUUGUAUAAAAUAUUAAGAAUAUGUCUUUCAGUCCAGUAAUUCUACUUGUGCGUAAUAGUUCACAGAGAAGAAGAGAAGGGAAAUGGGGACUUGUUUCUUAUCAAAAUACUUUGCUAAAUAUCAAAUUCUAUUUCUAGCAAAUUUUUCAAGUUUGCUAAUGAGACCAUGGAAGAACACUUUAAAAGCAAAUAAAUCACUUUUUCUCAAACCAUACAUACUUUGCAAAAUCAUAUGUAACAGAACUAUUUUGCUUCAUGACAAAAAUUGAAUUUUGUACCAUUAAAGGGUAAUAAUAUAUUUUUUCUUUACACUAAAGCAAUGAAUAAUCUAAUUUUCACAAUUUUACACACACUGUGUGCUAUUAAUUUGUCAUACAAGGUUAAAAAUUACAGAGCUUACUAUUAAAAUAUGGCUUCUGGUAUAAUUCAAUAGUCAUGUCUCCAAAAUUAUGACAUUUGGUUAUUUUGCUUAUUGACAUGAUAUUUCUCUUGGAAAAAUUAAACGCACAUCAUUUAUGUGAAGCACUACUGGGAAACUUAAUUGAUAAUUACGGUACAAUACCCAUGCAGAUACAAGAAAGGCCAUAUAUUACAACUAGUUCGCAAUUCAAAGAGAGUAGGAAAAUAAUUGAAAAUCUACAAUCCAUUCUCAGAAUUCUGAAUCCAAAAUUUACAAUAGUAAUUUACAUACACUAUGUCAAUGAAUGAAUUAAUACCUCAUAUUGUUUAAUUUCCAGUGAAAAAUUCGUGAACCCUUAAUAUUUGAGGAGGUAGUUUGGUUACAUAGCAUCUACAAUUAUUCAAAAGUAAACAUACUAAUAGUGGAACUUUAUUAUAUUGAAUCUAAGUUUGGGUUAUAAAAAAAUUAUAGUAAUGAGUUGUGGUGAGAAAUAAAUUUUAACACAGAUAAAGAAACUUGAAUAUAUUGAUGGAAUUAAGCAGAAAGCUUAAAGAACUAGUCAUUAGACUAGUCAUAACUUAUCAUUAAAUGAACAAAUCUCACAGGGUAUAAAUAUUCAAAACCAAUAAACACAUUUGAUUGUUUUCCCAGAACUGUUGGAGGAAUUUUACCCAAAAUGUUACACAGAGCAUGCCAAUUAAAAAGCUUCUACCCUGUUGGAGUGUGUCAGUCAGAAUGGUAAUUUUCUUUUUACUCUCUUCACGGUAUCAAGAAUCAAACAAAUGUUAUCAGUUUUUUUAGAGUGGGAGAACAUAGAAAUAAACAUAUACAUAUUAAUUUUGGACAGUGAAAUGCUCAAAAUAAGCAAGUAGCAAUUUGUUAAGCUUACUGAACAUAUUUUUUAGCUAAGACUCCAAAUAAAUAUUUCAUUUCCGAAGCCAAGAGAUUCUAAGAGUAGUUCUGUAUCUUAAUCUGCCAGAAUUAUCCCAUUGAAACUAUCACUACAUUUAAUAUUCCAUUCUUUGCUUUGAACUCCAACCUUUACAUUUCACCCUCAUGCAAGUACUCACAUAAAGUAUCAAAAAUCCCAGGUAAUUGGGACCGAAGGUAGUUUGAAUUUUCAAAAAGUUCAUAUUUUUUAACAUGUACCAUUUGGACUCUAUGAAGGCAAUUUUAAACACUUAAAUGGGUAGAAGUAAAAAUCUUUUUAGUAAAGUCCGAAACACAUUCAUAAAAUAAGAAAAUAAAAUAUUUACAUAAUUACAAUACAGUACAGAGUAUAGUUUGGAACUCUGUUCAUACCAUGGAUAACAAUGGCAAAAGCUAGCUUUUACGAACUGUUUUUUUCAUCUUGGCACAUUAGGAUAAUUGACGGUUUGAAAUUUUUGACAUUCAAAUUAUCAACACUUCAUCAUAAUUUAUUUCAUCACACUUCAAAUUAGAAUGUAUUUAAGUAGUAUGAAUUGCUAUUAAGGACAAGUAUAUACUACUUCAACAAUAUAUUACCUAGUCUUCAAGUUAUCCCUUCAAUUUUUAUGGAGAAUUUGACAAUUUUAAAAGUAUACAUGGUAAAAGAUUUUUCCAUGAUAAUUUAUUUACUAAAAUAAACAAAGAAAUGUGUUCAACACUGAUAAAUAAAAAAAACUCUGGAAAAUAGAAAAACCUAUUGGUAGUGCAAUGAUAUAAAAUAUAUGUUCUGGUAGUUCUAGAAUGAAUACACAAAAAGGUGCCAGGCUACUAUACAUCUACCCCUACAUAAAAUUAAACUUGCUCAUAUACUUUACAUAUAUACCAUGUUAGGUAAAUAGGUUUGGCAUUUAUAUCUUCACUCGAAUUCUAACAUUACAAUAAGAAAUGUGUGUUUCGGGGGGGGGGGAUGGCGAGUCAUUUAUUGAUUCUAUGGUUUCUUCGGUCCAGAGCCAUUUUCAUUGAAUUUAUUAUGUUUAUGUAUUUGUGUUCUUAUAAAUUAUAUUUUUGCAAAUAAACUUCUCACUUUCUUUUUUUUUAUAACAGAUGGUGUAUAGUUUUAUGUAAAUAAACUACCACACUUUGUUUAUUCUGCUUUGCCAACUGACCCGUAUCUACUCUUGCACGAAAUCUGUUUGCUUAAAUGUCCCCUGAUGAUAAUAAUAUUAUAAGACAUUUCAUUGCCAGAAAGCAUUUAAAAUGCUCUUAAAGUUGGCAUUUUAAAUCUCAAAAAUGUCAAUGUAUUGACCCUCAUCUUGUCCUGUAGACCUUUCAUAUUUCUCAUAGGGAAUUUUUUAGUCUCAGCUCUUAGAUUCUUUGGCCCAGACAAAUUCUUAAACUCAUAUUUCACAAUUUUCAUUUUUUCACAAACAGUACCUUCGGAUUUUAGAAUAAACUAAUGGCAAGCUUCUACAUACAUUCUGUGAAACUAUUUUAUUUUAAUAAGUCCACAGAAUUUUUCACUGACAAGAAUUAAAUUAUCUUCAUUCUCUUUCGUGAACUCUCUUAUAAAAUUCUCUUGCUCUUUAAUUCAUUAAUUAGAAAUUAAUUUGAUAUUUACAGUGGCAAAUAGUUAAAGAAUUACACUAUUAUUAGAAGCUUAUUUCUACAAAUUCCUCACAUUCUCUCAAACACAGUAUCUGAGUUCAUGAGUAUACAUUGAACAGAUUGAUCAAUUCAAAAUUUUUAACUCACACAUACAUAUUUAAAUUUUCUUUCAAUGUGAAAUAUAUUACAAGUUCUUUAAAAAAUAACAAAGUACUAAAUUGAGAAUUUUCUUGCAUUGUUUUAUCAAUCUAAAAAAAUACAAAUAAAAAAAAUAUGUAAAAUUGAAAUUUUACUGUCAAGAACAACCUUAAAACACAACUUUUUCUUAAAAAAUAAACCCUAAUGUCAACAGAAUGAAUAAUUACAGGGCCUUUGUUAAGUAAAUAUAAGUGUACAGAUGCAGUAGUGAUGUAAGUAUAAGUGUAGUGAUGUAAAUAUAAGUGUAAAGAUAAGUGUAGAGUGGAAACUAUUAUUUCUGUAAGUGUCCUUGACAAUUUUUAAUUCUAUAUUAACAUUUGCAUUCCUUAUAAAUUUAUUCUGUAUCCAACAAAAGAUAAAUAUUAAAAUCUUAAAAACCAUUUUCAAUCAAAUUUUUAAUCUUAUUCUAAAUAUAUUAACAAGAAAAAACAUAAAAUUCAAAUUUUAUUAUAAUGAACAACCGCUAUGGUAGAAUCAGCUUUUCUUGGACUGGUAAAUGUUUAUUUCUGGCAAAGUAUCAAACUAUUUCGAAUAACUUUCCAGUUUUGGAUUUUGUUUGAUAGCAAAAUACCAUACACUUCUCCUAUCCUUUUAAAACAUUUUUUAAAUAUUAUUAUUUUUUCAUAACUUCGUUGACUAAAUAAAUAAUCCCAAAGUGCGUGACUAAGAUAUGCUAAAUUUUACAGGAAUUCUUGAGCAUAAUUGUGAUGAGUUGAAAAGAAUCUUUUCUGCUCGAGGCAUAUAAGAAAUAUAAUAUUUCAACCUCUAGAAGAACUUGAAAAAUGCCCUGAAACCUACAUCUGUUUUACAUUAUGAAGCGCACUUUGAGUUGUGAACUCAGUUGAGAUGAGAUCACCAUAUCAACUUGCACAAAAGUAUCCUAUCUACAUCAAUUUUAUUUGGGUCCAGUUCCAGCAAUAUUUUUAAUGACAAAAUUGAUAUUCCAGACUCACAAAUGGACUUGAUUUUGAAAUGGUUUCAAUAGUUACAGUUUUGAUUUAAAACCUUGAUUUCUUGUCAUCAAAAGAGAGAAAUCACAACAUGAUUCAGUCAAAUAUAUCACUGCCAAGUAUUAAGAUCAAAAGCACAAGUAUUUUAAACCAAAAGCAGUAAAAGAAAAUUUCAAUUUACAAGUAGCAAUUAGAAAAUUAUUUUACAUACAAAUAAUUGCAAUAAGGAGAGGGAUAAUUUAGUCAUAAUGUAUGUAUUGCUCCAUGUUUAGGGCAAAUGUGUGAAUAAUUUAGGUUUAUGCCAGAAAUAAAAGCCUGGCCUGUAGGAUUUAAAUCUGCAAAAAACUGAAUUUGGUAUGCCUCAAAAGAAAAUCAAGGAGGAUAGGUUUUCCACUGUUUUAGGAAAAAAAUCAUGUAAGACAAAUAAUAUUGGCUCUUUAGCAGAUAUCAUUACAGAAGGUUACCUAUUCAUUGAAAAUAAAUAUUCUAACAUUUUUUAAAGAAGUAAUACAUAAAUUAUCUGUAAGAUGUUUCUUUGCCUUUAAACAAAGUGUAAGUAGCCAAAAAUUUACCAAAAGAACUGAAUUAUAGCUUGCUGAGGGCCCAUGCAAAUGAGUGUUGCAUUGACACGUUAUAAGUAGCACAUCGUAGAAUAAGACUAUCUUAUGCGAAACAGCACAUGGGCACUUUGGCCAUUUUGCAUGACAGUGGUAAUCUACGAUACGCAUCAAUGAAACGCUCGUAUGACACUAUGUUAAUCAACGACACACAUCAACGAAACGCUCAUGUAGCACAGGUCCAAGUUGUUUCUAAAACACACCCUUGCCCUUGACCAAACACAACCUUAUAAACCACACACAUUUUUUUAUUGCUCUAGCACAGUACCAUAGAAUGGAGUGGACAUCAGACACAUCCCUGCAUUUCUGAAAUACUACUGCAAUGCUAAAUGUGAGGUCAGAGAUAAAGACAAUGAUUGAAAGACUUCACCUUGAAAUCUCAAUUUUCAUGGUUUUGGAGUUGCAACAGUACUAUUCCAGAAAAGUGGGCAAUUUUGGUGAAUAUUAACCUGAACAUUAGCUUUUUCAUUAGAAAUAAUUAUCUCCUAACUGCAAUAACAUCCUUCAGACUAUUUCCCGAUAUAACACAACCCAUUUUCUUACUUUAUUUUUAAUAAAUAUCAUUAUAACAAUUUUGUAAGGUUUUUUUGAUAAUUCUGUUCUGUGACUACCUUGUAUCUGCAGUUUCAGGAAGUUGACAAUCAUAAUUACAAAAAGCAACAUUCAGUUUUAUAAUAAUCUCUACCAAUGAAUAUUCAAUAGUUACCAAAAAUUGUUGAAGCAGUUGAGUCAUGCAAUCAUUUUUGUAAAAUAACCUACAGUGAAAGUGGAAACUUCAGACAACAGAGCAAAGAUAAGAAAAGAACUAACAUUCAGUUAUGCGCACUUAUAAUUCUGAUGAUCUACACAUGGCUGAGAAAGACAUUACUGUUGGUUACUUGCCUCAGAUUUCAGAUCACAGAAGAACCUACAGGUAAUAGAGUGAAGGACAUCGAAAAUAAACUGGAAACUACUAUGGGACCACUAAACAAAUAGGGAAAGGUAGUGGUGAAGGUAGAAAAUUUUGGGCCCAGGGCAAUGCUAAUGGAAAAAAAAAAAAUUAAAAUGAAACUUCGAGUUAUUUUAUUUCAACAAAUAACAAAAAUUACAAGGUUUAUCUAGAAAAAGAUUUUGAAAAUAUAUUUUUAUUGAAAAGUAUUUAGUGAUCAAAUAAUGGUGAUAUUGAAAUGCCAAAAACAUUUCUGUUCAGUUAGUUUAGUAAAAUCGCUGGUUAAAAACAUGAAAUAAUAAUGUGGAACUAAUUUUAUUGAGUGCAUCACUUGAUUCAUUUCAUAAGGUUCUACUGUUUAAAUAUUUAAUUAGUCAUUACUUAAAGUAAAAAUUGAAAAUUUUAGAAAAUAAUAUACUGUACUCUGAUUUCGAAUUACAUUAACGAUUUUCUUGAGUUCUAAUUUCUUUUUCAAUUUUUUGCUAUUGUUUUCCCCAUCAUCAGGCUUUCAGACUUGAAGGGCCCCGAGUGAUUGUGCGGUCUGCCCAUGCGCUAACACUGGGGAAAGGCAUAUUCUAACUCUGGAAAGUCUGAAAGUGGAGGUUUUCUCUGAAAAUUGUAGCACCAAAUUCUUACAGAAAUUUUCUCACUAGAUUGGAUAGAAAAGAAAAACCAUUUAAAAAUAAUCUACCAGCAGUGGAAUGAGCAUUUACAUAGCUAAAAGAGCAUUCAGUGAUCCUGAGAAGAGUGAAAAUAUAAGAGCUAGUUUAGGUAACAAAGGAUAUUAAGGAUUAUUUUCAUUAUCUUCAGUCAACUGUCUCUACAUUCUUACUAAUGUUGUGAAUUUUGAGGAAAAAAGUUCUUUAGUUAUUGAAUUUUGAUUAAUAAAAAUAGUUUUUCCAACAAGGCAAUAUGACAGUUCAUUCAUACAGAUAUUUCUUUUCAUUUUGAAAAAAACAUCAACUGCCCAAAUACAAAUCAUAUGUAUACAUACAUCAUAUGAUUAAAUACAUCAUGUCAGAAAAAAAUGUCUGAUGUCCUGCCAUUUUAUGGUUCUACAAUUAAUAAUAACAGGAAUAAAAAGUUGGGAUCAAGGGGGAAAAAAAAUGUGUACCUGAAUAUAUCACAAAAGAGAAUUCCCACUGAUACAAUGUAGCAAUCAAUAAAAUGUAUAUUUCAUAAACCAUUACUACAAAAUAAUGGUCAAACAAGUUGUGUGUGUGCUGAGAAAACCACUUUAGAACAUUCAACUUAAUUAAAAAAGAAAGGAUUAAAUUUUUUCCCCUGGCAAACAGCUCCUGCCCAAUGAUAAUUGAAAAAAUUUCAAUGCAAAAUUCCAAGAAACGAUAAGGAAUAAAUUAUAAUUUUACACAAAAUUGACACAUCAGUCACUUCAUGUCAUGGAUUUUGUCCUUAGACUCAAAAGGAGAUUUUCAGGAAAAAGGUUUGUAAUCCACCAGAAACUGCAUCCCUUUCCCUUACUUCAUAUUAAUUAUGAACAGUAAUGCACAGUCUACAGAAUAAUUGAUUCAUUAUUCCAUUUAAUGGGAAUGUUAAUUGUUUUUCUCGUGAAGUUUAGAAAAUGUUUGCAUGAAAUACGUCACAGCUUAAUAAAAUAUCCUCACAAAUCACACAUUACACAAAAACUACUACAGAAAAUAAGUAGCUGAAAACUUGUUUGCAUGAAAAUACAGUUUGUAGCACUUAGUAGUUUUUUCUAUGGACAGGAUUUAUAUCAGUCAAAGAUCAAAUUAGCUUAAGAGUAAGAAACAAGACAACAGUAGUUAAAAAUUUUACAUUGUAUAUUACACAAAAUAUUAAGUUGAUCUUCCAUCAACCAUUACACAUAUAUUACAAAUAUAGCAUUAGAUAAACAUACUUUUAAUACUGACCCUCCAAAAAUAAAAAUCCUACACUUCUAAUUAAGCAAAUGCAAUUUCAAAAAUAUGUAAGAACAUCAAAAAAGAAAAUGCAAGCUACACAACAUUUGACUAGUAAGAACAAAUUUGUUAUCACACCAUUACCUAAUAGAAGUACUUAGUUUGUUUUACGUUGCCAAAUAUAUAUCUAAUUUAAAUUGCUCAACUCGAUGUGCUGUUAAAACAAUUGACUUCUUAUUUUAAAUAAUGUACAUAAUCUGCAAAUAAUGUGUUACCAGUAUGACUAUUUUAGAUUAUCUGCAAAUUAUAAUCUUAGUUAAGAGUCAACAGGUACCAUUGAGACAAAGAAUCCAAUAAAUCAGGGAUCUUCGCAAAAUAUAAUGUUUUACACACCUUCAGAGAAGGGUGCUAAAUUCUUUAAUAUUUAAACAUAGUAGAGUCUUACUCGAGACGUAGAAACCAAAAGAUCAUCAUCAAAGAAUUUAGUUUCGAUCACAACAUUACCAUUCAAUACAUUUGCUGGCAUCAUCUGCGAUUCUGGAGCAGCCUCAAUCAUUGAUUGCCAUGUGUUAGUUGAGUUCGGUAUAACAAAACCAAAUUCAAAAAACCAUUCUUCAAGACACCUGCCCUUAAACAAAACUUUUUGUUCUAAUCUAAACUUUUCCAUAGGUUCCACUGAUGAAAAAUUUAUUUCACGUGACACUGCUCGACACUUAAGAAUUUUCUUAGGAACUCUUGCUUCAUGUUCCAAAUCGGGGAUGGAAAGAUCUUGAUAACCUUGCCACAGAAUUUUUCCAGUAUCAGCAUCUCUAAGUACCAUCCAAUUUACUUGAAAUCCUUUCAUUAUAUCUUCACCUUUUGGGGACAUAUUAUGAAGACAGAUAUCUGAAUUCAAACUUCGUUGAUUAUUUUCUAAUUUUCCUCAUAACUUUAACAAGUAAUGAACCUUUUAACACCUUACUCUUAACUCAAGCUACACUGUGCCGAACAAAUCUUAAACUUACUGUAAUUAACCUUAAAUUGUCAGAUCCACAGAAAAUCCGGUCGAACACUUAAAUCGAAGAAAUUUUUUCACAGAUUCAUUAAGAAUCUGUUGAGGACAACUUCCAUGAAUUAAUCACUUCUCUCAAUCCUUCACUUACGGAAAAAGAAUAAUUUUUAUGCAAGAACCUGCCCCACUCAACAACACUACAACAACCUGCGACCACCUCCUGGGUUGACGUUGG